AAAAUGGGUAACGCCAUGCGAGGCCUCAUCGCCUUCAUCCCCUCAGAGCGCUGUCAACGCUUCAUAGUAGGGGACCUGAAGGAAAUGCCUCUGGAUCGGACUCUGGACCUGAGCAGCCGACAGCUGCGUUGGCUGCCUCUAACCGCUUGUGUCUUCGAUGAGCUGGUGAAGCUCUACCUGAGUGACAACAACCUCAGCAGCUUACCUGCUGAGCUGCAGGGCCUGAAGAAGCUGCAGCUCCUGGCCCUGGAUUUUAACCAUUUUGAAGAGCUCCCUGCAGCUGUUUGCAAAUUGACCCAGCUCAGCAUCCUUUACCUGGGUAACAACAGGCUUUACUCCCUCCCCCGAGAGCUGGGAGAGCUCAAGGAUCUGAAUACUCUGUGGCUGGAGAUGAAUUGCUUCACUGCUUUUCCCAACGUGGUCUGUGACCUACCUAAUCUCAAGACCCUGCACCUUGGUUACAACCAGAUCCAGAGUUUACCCAAGGAGCUGGGGAUGCUGGAAGAGCUGCGGAGUAUCUGGCUCGCUGGUAAUCAGCUGACAGAGUUCCCUCAAGUGUUGCUGGACAUGCACUUCCUCGCUGUCAUAGAUGUGGAUCGAAACAGAAUCCACCGCUUCCCAGGCCUGUGUCACAUGCAAGGGUUGAAACUUGUCAUCUAUGACCAUAACCCUUGCGUCAACGCUCCUGCAGUGGGCGAGGGAGUCAGGAGAGUUGGGCGCUGGGCGGACUGUUCAGAUGACGAGCAGGAAGAUGACGGGUCUAAAGCAGCAAGUGACACAACAGCAGAGGUCACAGAAGUUCACCCAGAGGAGGAGGAAAACAUCUAG